CUCAUUUCUCUGCAACACAUUUCAGCUGUCGAAAACACAUGGGAGGAGUCAUGGCUAUUCAGUUUUGUAGCGAUUGUGGAGAUACACUGCCAAUAUCUAUGGAUCAAAUGGUCAAGUGCGACUGCUGCAAGAUGAUCAACAAGAAUCAAUUGCUGUCGAAAACGACGAUAUCGACAACAAGCAAUUUCCCUUCACUUCUUCGCGAAAAGCUCACUUCGAAAACUCAAGCCCUUACAGCCGAUGUCGUCCAAGACUCUAAACAACGGACUGAAAAGCUUUGCCCAGACUGCAAUAAGGAGGAGUUGACAUUUUCGCAGGCGCAGACAAGAGGCGCUGAUGAAGGAAGUACCAUAUUUUACUUCUGUUUGAAUUGUGGACAUCGAUCGAAAGAGGAUAACUAGGCAUGAGAGGGUCAAAAGUGGGAGAUGUAGAUGUCCAAACUGCGCAUACUAUUAUCUGUCCUACAUGUAUGAACAAAACGUCGGUGAAUAAAUCUUAGUUGAGCAUGACGCUCCUAUAUCGCCUCGCACCUCCUUGCCAACAAUACUUUACCUUCGCCAUGGCUUGUUCAAUCUAAUAUUCUGUCUUUAGCAUUCAUAACUAAUAGAGUUGAAGUUUGGGGAUAUUGUUCCGAUUUGUGACGAGAUGGGUAGAUUGAUUGAAGGGAGGAGCAAGGUUUUACUUGACGCCAAACACAAGGGGGUGGUUACUUAGUACUUUGCGGCGGGUGGUGAAUAUCAUGGUUCUAGGC